AUGUGGAGAAAAACGCGAUCACAUAACCCAUCAUUUUGGGGUUUAUUCUGUCGAGGAGUCGAUCCCAACAGGAAUUAUGGAUUCCAUUGGGGAAGUGCUGGAAGCAGUUCUUAUCCGUGUUCGGAGACAUAUCAUGGAAAGGCACCCUUUUCUGAACCCGAAACCAAAGCCAUAUCUGACUAUAUUUUGACAAAGAAAGACAAUAUCAAAAUGUAUAUCGCAAUGCAUUCAUAUUCACAAUUCAUACUAACGCCCUGGGGUUGGACACAAGAUUUGCCCAAACAAUAUAACGACAUGUUAUCCAUGGGUCAAAAGGGGGCUCAGGCUCUGCAGCAAAAGUUUGGCACUCAUUAUAAAGUGGGUUCGAGUACUCGCAUCCUAUACGCCGCCGCCGGUGGGGCUGACGACUGGGCACAUGGCGUUGCGGGCGUUAAGUACAGCUAUACCUUUGAAUUGAGAGAUACAGGUGUCUAUGGAUUCGUACUUCCGGUCAGAUUUAUAGUGCCGACCGGUGAAGAGACAUUUGAUGGCAUCAUAACGAUGUGCAAUGAAAUCAAAGAUGAAUACAAACUAAAAGCUGUCGACGUAUAACACAC